CCCCGCCCAGCCUCCCCCCAAAUAAAAUUGCCCCAAAGCCAAUAGACAAGUGGAUAUCGACCUUCUCUCCCACCGCUCAAUUCCCUUCUCCUGCUGUCUCGCUCCUCUUUCGCGCCACUAGUUCUCUCCCUGUUCAUCUUUCUGCCCCAGACUCUUCUCCCCCGUUUUUCUAGCUUCGUUCCGUGGAUCACCGCCAACUCCGAACACGUAUCGCUACGAUGGCUCCUCCCCCGGCGCACUUGCCUUUGGGUGAAAGGCUCAAGGCUCUGGCUCAGACACUACAAUUCGCUUGGUUCGCCGGGCAUGUAACGCUGCUGAUUUCCGUCUUCCGCUAUUUCCUGUCCUACCUCACCUUCAACUACUAUUCCUCCACCGCGCAGGCCGCCUACCGUUUGGCGUUCGUAGCCGCGGCCGCAACAUAUGGCAUUGUGGUAUACAAGGGACACAUCGCGCGGGGCCGUCUCCAGGGCAGUGCCCCCAGCAUUGUUCUGAAACUGGCUGGCGAUGAGAAUGUGCAGUACCUGGGUAUGGCUUUGGUUUGGCUGUACUCGCGUCAGGUCUCUCUGGCCCUCCUUCCUUUCAGCGUCUACUCGAUCUUCCACGUCGCGACCUACUCGCGUGCCCAUUUGAUCCCCACCUUGCAGCCUCCUCAGGGUGGCGCUGCCCCUGCCUCGCCCGCCUCUCCCAGCUCCCCCAAGCCUGCCCCCAAGCAGUCUCCUCUGGCGGAGACCAUCGGCCGAUUUGUCAAGCAGUACUACGACACCAGCAUGGACAUCGUCGCAUCGCUUGAAAUGACCCUUCUGUUCCGCCUGGUCGUGUCGGUCCUGACCUUCUCCAAGGGAGCCUUCGUUCUCCUGUUCAUCUACUCGGCCUUCUUCCGCGCCCGAUACAGCCAGAGCUCGUUCGUCCAGCAGGCCGUCCGCCACUUCACUGCUCGCGUCGACGCCUCCGUUUCCCACCAGAGCACCCCUCCUGCCGUGCGCCAGGGCUGGGAGAGCUUCAAGGGCAUUGUGCGCCAGGCCUAUGAAUCCACCGACCUGGGCCGCCUGGUCGGCAAGGCGGACGCCAAGAAGCCGCAAUAAACGGGGACCGAGAAAGGGUGACCUACGGACAGGUUUUACGGAAUCGGGCGAUUACGACAAUUUGAGAGGGUUUGGACAGACUAUCCUCGACCUGCCCGAUGGCUUGGACUUGUUUGUUCAAGAUGCCUGAUAGUAUCCAUCUAUAACGAAGCAAUAUGUCAUUGGCUCUGACGUCGGUUGGUUCCGUGGCUUCUUUAGCAUAUGAACGAAGGACGAUGUAUACCUUGGAGGAACAGAACGGGGAUAUGGUUGGCUGAUCGUGGAGGAUGGAGGAAUGGAUAAUGUGCAACGCCUCAAGAUUCAAUAUUUUAUUCUAUUUCAUUUCUAGUUUUGAGUACCUUCCUCUGUGUUUGAUAUGUCGAAUGUGUGUUUGAGCUAUAAUGCGAAUUUUGAAAGAGUG